AUGGAGUUUUUUGAAAACGCGCAUGUCUUAAAAAAUAAAUACGUUUCCAAAAAAGAGACCAAAACAGAAAAUAGAGUAAAGAAACAACUUAAGCAAAUGUUGUAUGGAUAUAAGAAAAGUGAUAACGAACUCAUAAGGAAAUCAGAAAACGUUAUAGACGAUUUUGAUUCUGCUUCGGUUAGCAGCUUUUCCGAUUUAGAUCUCACUAGUUCGGAUAAUGGAACUACUAAAGCUACGUUAGACAGUAGUGAUCUUGAUUCAGUGUCUAAUUUAACCGAAGAAGGCGUCGAUUCAUCUUCUAAAAUUUCUUUUGUGGAAGGGAUUUCAGUAAAUAAAGACAGUAGUGAAUUAAUAGGUAUUGAUGAUUUAAUUUCUGAUAACAAUAGUGAAAAAGAGGAAUCAUCUGAUGCUCUUGAAGAAAGUAAUAGAUCUUUGCUUUUGAGUGAAGAUCUGUCAAGCCUUUGCUCAUCAGUUGAAUCGGAGUCCAGUAGUUCAAAUGUAUUUGAUGUUGAUGGGGCUUUAGCUUCCAAAAUUCACGAAAGACUAAAAAAUAUAAAAAAUGACCCUGAAGAUAAAUUAAAAAGAAAGUGUACUGAAAAUACCAUUGUUACUGAAGACAAACAAGGAUCAGGGGAUGAACACUUACAAAGUACAAAAGAUAAGCAUGAAGUACAAAGAAAAAGAUCAAAAAAGUUAGUCAUACUUCAGAAAGUAGUACAGAGUUUAUAA